GGCUGCUGUCCUCUCAGUGCUGCGGGAACUACCGCAAACAAGGGCUAUAUUCAUACAACCAUAUUAAUUAGAGGCAAUGGGGCUCUUUGACGAGGGGCUCUCUCGGAACCUGUGCGUUUUGUCAUUGCUCAUAUGGACUUCUACAAGUGCAUUUAACCUGGACACGCAAAACGUCCUUAGGAAGAACGGUCAACCGGGCAGCCUCUUUGGAUUCUCUCUCGCCUUGCACCGGCAGCUCCAGCCGUAUGAUAAAAGAAUAUUGUUGAUUGGCGCUCCCAGAGCCAGGGCUUUAUCCAAUCAGGGAGCAAACAUCACAGGUGGGCUGUACAGCUGUGACAUUACCACCCAUCCCGAUGACUGCACUCGAGUGGACUUUGACAAUGAUGUUGAUGCUCGUGUGGAGAAUAAGGAGAACCAGUGGAUGGGUGUAACUGUUCAGAGUCAAGGACCUGGAGGCAAGAUUGUGAUAUGUGCCCAUCGCUACCAGCGUCUGUUGUUCCCCAAUACACCCCAAGAGGCGCGUGACAUCACGGGACGCUGCUACAUGCUCAGUCAGGACCUCAGCAUCGACAGCCAAUCAGACGAGGAUGGGGGGAACUGGAAAUUCUGCGAUGGUCGCACCAGGGGUCAUGAAAGAUUCGGGUCCUGUCAGCAGGGCUUGGCCGCCACCUUCACUAAAGACUACCAUUAUGUCAUCUUUGGAGCACCAGGCGCGUACAACUGGAAAGGUAUAGUGCGUGUUGAACAGAAGAACAACACUCUGCUGGAAAUGGGCUUGUUUGAUGAUGGUCCUUAUGAGGUCGGGGAUGAGAACCGGCUGGAUCCAAAUCUAGUGCCAGUACCAGCUAACAGUUACUUAGGAUUCUCUCUAGAUUCCGGCCACAGUAUCACAAAGAAAGGCAAACUCAUCAUAGUGUCAGGAGCGCCGAGAGCCAAUCACAGCGGUGCAGUGGUGUUUCUGCGGAAGGAAGGCGAAGUGUCCACCACGCUCACACCUGAACACGUUCUGGAAGGACCAGGACUUGCAUCCUCCUUUGGAUAUGAUGUUGCUGUGGUGGACCUGAAUGGAGAUGGCUGGCAGGACGUUGUGGUUGGUGCACCGCAGUUCUUCCAGAGAGAUGAGGAAGUGGGUGGAGCCGUGUACGUUUACAUCAAUAAGGCUGGAAGGUGGAAGGACGUCGCUCCUACUCGCCUGAAUGGAACGAAAGACUCCAUGUUCGGACUGGCUGUGGAGAACAUUGGAGACAUUAAUCUGGAUUCUUUUGAAGAUAUUGCAGUAGGUGCUCCUUACGCAGACUCAGGGUCUGGUAGCGUGUACAUCUACCACGGAUCUGCUGACGGCAUCAAUGCCUCACCAGCUCAGAUACUGGAGGGUAAACAGCACAACAUGAAGAUGUUUGGCUAUUCUCUGGCUGGAAACAUGGACCUGGAUCAGAACUCGUACCCUGAUCUCGCCGUGGGCUCGCUCUCUGACACAGUUUUCAUAUACAGGUCCAAAACAGUUAUUAGCAUCAAGAAAGACAUCAAGGUGACACCGAAGGAAAUUGACUUGAUGAAAAAAACAUGUGGCAACAGCGUUUGCUUGACCGUGGAAGCGUGUUUCUCAUAUAAAGCAAAGCCCUCCACCUACAACCCCAAACUCACCAUUUCCUGUACACUUGAGGCAGAGUGGUACCGCAGGAAGCUGGGUCUUCCAUCUAGGGUUGUGUUUCUGGAGAAGAGUGCGAUGGAUCAGGACUUCCAGUCGACCGGCUCUCUGGAGCUACGAGGACAGAACAAGAAAGCCUGUUACAAGACCAAACUCAGACUACAAGAAGGCAUCAGGGAUAAGCUCAGAGCCAUUCCUAUCGAGGUGUCUUUGGCCAUUCAGAGCGCUAAGAGAGGCAAACGGCAGAGCUCUCUGCCACAACUAACACCAAUACUAGACUCCACUGUGCCCAACAAGACCAUCACAGAGGUGAACUUCCUGAAGGAGGGUUGUGGCACAGACAACAUCUGUCAGAGUAACCUACACCUGCAGUACAGGUUCUGCUACAGGGAGUCCAAACAAGAUGUGUUUCCUCCUCUACCGCUGGAGAAUGGGGUGCCGGUGAUUUCUCUGAGUGAUCAGAAGGACAUUGCUUUGGAGGUCACAGUCAGGAACAGGAAUGGAGAUGAUGCUCAUGAAGCCAAAUUGGUUGGGCAGUUUGAUGAAUCCCUCUCGUACUCUGGAUUCAGAUCUCUGAGAACUACUGAUAAACAUGUGAUCUGUGCUGCCAAUCAGAAUGGCUCCCUGGCAGACUGCGAGCUUGGAAAUCCUUUUAAAAGAGAUUCGGAGGCAACAUUCUAUAUCAUAUUGAGCACUGGCAAGAUAUCGCUCGACACCAAAGAGGUCGAGAUCGACCUUCAGCUGGAAACGUAUUCACAUCAUGUCAGCAAGCAUGUUGUAUCUGAUGGCUGUGUCUUCUUGUUGUGCAUCAGGGUUGCCAAGCCAUCUCAGGUCUAUUUUGGAGGUGAAGUAAGAGGCAUGAGCGCCAUGAAGACAGAGGAGGAAGUCGGCAGCUUGGUCGAAUAUGAAUUCAGAGUGAUUAAUUUGGGAAAGCCUCUGAAGUCUUUUGGAACUGCAUCCCUGAACAUCCAGUGGCCUAAAGAAAGCUCUGUGGGGAAAUGGCUGCUGUAUCUGAUGAAGAUCAACACCAGGGACCUGCAGUUAGUCACCUGUUCACCUGAGAGAGAGAUGAACCCUCUCAGACUGAGUGAGGAGUCAAGAUCAACCAGGAGAAAGCGUGAGCUAGAGGAGCGGAAGCCAGCUGAGGUGGUUAAAACAGCCCUCUUCCCUGACAAACGCAAGCACAAGAUUCUGUCAUGCAGUGGGGAUGCCAGAUGUGUGGAGAUCAAAUGCCCCCUACAGGGCUUGGACAGCACUGCGGUCAUCAUUUUAAAAUCCCGCCUGUGGAAUUCCACUUUCCUUGAAGAUUACGUGUCCUACAAUUACCUCGACAUAAUAGUGAAAGCCUCCAUAAGUCUGGAUGUUUCUGCCAAGAACAUUGUCCUUAAAAAUCCUGAGACCCAGGUGAGGCUGACCGUGUUCCCGGAGACGACCGUGACUCCGUUCGGAGGCGUUCCCUGGUGGAUCAUUCUUGUGGCUGUUUUAGCAGGAAUACUAAUGCUGGCGCUUCUAGUUCUGUUACUCUGGAAGUGUGGAUUUUUCAAACGCUCCAAAUAUGAGGACAGCGUUCCGAAAUAUCACGCGGUGAGGAUUCGUAAGGAGACACGUCUCUUGAAAGAUGGAACGGACAUGUUAGAUCCCUUGGAGAAGAAGCAAUGGAUGACUACAUGGAAUGAGAACGAGAGCUACUCAUGAGACGGUCUCUGCAUUUGCUAUGAACAAUUUGCCAGCAUCAGGCAUCUCUAGUUGUGAAACGUUUAGAGGAAGUCCACCUCUGCACAGUAUGUGAGCCCACUGUUAAAGAGAGACAUGGAGAUGCUUUUACAGAUCCACGUGUGAUAUCUCUGGGCAUUUCGUUUGCAAUGCCACCCCUUCAAAAAGUGUUUGUAUAUUUUUUUGGAAGUUGCAUGAGAUGCCAAGACUGAAUUGUCUUGAUUUUCUUUGUAAAUAUUUUACAAUGCAGUUUAUUUAUUUUGUCUUGUAAUUUUGUACUAAGACGCCUACUGUGCAUGAACUGCCCAAAGAUUAUUUUUCAUGUCUUUCAGUAACUAUAAAUUCGAUUGAAUGUUUCGAGGUCUGUCAGGUGAAGCUCAAGCGAGCAGUGUCAGAAGAGAAAAAAAUAAACAAGUCGAUGAGUUACUACUGAAAAAUGUUGAUGUAUGACUCAAACAUAUACCAGUUAUGCAACUGGAGCAGUGCUACAGAUAGGAGUACACACAAACCAUCAAAUGAUGACAUAUCUGCAUAAUUUGGUGUAUUUUUAG